AUGUCUUCACCCAGCGACACCAAGCCGACAGAGCAGAUCGAAUCAACACAGUCUGCGGCCGAUCAGGCACCCAAAUCAAUAUGCGGUGUCUGCGAAAAAGCGGCGCCUAAAUACAAAUGCCCCAGAUGCUUCCUACCAUACUGCUCCGUGGCUUGCAAUAAAGUACAUCGCGAGAACCACCCGCCGGACCCCGAACCAAAGCCCGAGCCGCCGCAGGCCCCCGCCCCCGAGGCGCCACCUCCCACCACCGCGACGAGCGCCUCCGACAAGAGCAACCCCUUCCGCGUCCUCGAUCUGGCCUCCGAACAGCUGCAGCUGCUCUUCACUAGGUACCCCAACCUGCCGCAGCAGCUCGUCGACAUCCACGCCGCCAUGCAGCCACCAUCCGAGUCCGCGGAUCAUAAUGGCAUCCCAGCCUCGCUGCUCAAGGGGCUACCGGGCAAGAAGGAAAGGUGGAACCACGACGUGGGCAUCAAGAAAGGAAAGGAGGCUCUGCGCAAGGCCCGCAAAGCAGACGGCGCCUUGGGCGAGGGCGUCAAGGAAUACUGCGAGCUCAUCAUGCACCUGAUGAAUGGGCAGGCUGGCGACGACGCCUCGGUGUUGCUGCAGAAGCAGGCCGCCACGCAGGACGCGGAACUCAUUGAACGAUUGAUGAACGAGGAGAACAAGAGGUAA